AUGGGACUGAAACAUGUGAAUAGACUCGAUCAACUCUAUCCGUUCAUUGAGAUCUCACUUGUGAAGGCCUUCGAAACGAAUGCCACCAACAUAGGAAAUCUUCAUAUUUUGUAUGGCGAUCACACUAGCAUGUUGGGAGUGGUGCGACUGCGUCUGCUGUGCAGAAAAGAAAAUUCGCACACGGGCUGGAAACCAGUCGAGUUUUCAAGUCUCGACUAUAAGCCCAAAUGGAAGUUACCUUAUGAGCGAAUAUCAUACACAGACAAAUAUUGGCGCAUCUAUGAGCCCUGGCUGCCCAUUAGUCCGACUUACAGUAGAACCGAUAAGUUUUUUUUCAACUAUAACUAUCCCGGUUAUUUACAGAGCUAUCCGGAGAUGGAGGGCUAUGUAACACUGCUCUCAAAUAGCUAUGAUAAUAGUAUGAGGGUGAUUGAAUACCUCCAGGAGAAGCAUUGGCUUACGUGGAAGACAACGGCAGUUUUCAUGGAUUUUACUCUCUUCAAUGCCGAUGCGAAUAUCUUCACCAUAUGCACUUUACUUGUGGAACAAACGCCCUUUGGGACUAUUCUGUCCAACGCAAGGAUAAUCAGUGCAAAACUGCAUUUCGUUGCGCAGCUGGGAAAAGGUGGCCUGAUCGUACUGAUCAUCUAUAUAAUUGUGGUCAUACAGUUCUUCAAGGCUUUGGUUAUGGUGGUAUGGUAUGAGCCGAUCAAGCUGCGCAGCAUGUGGACCAAGUUGGAUUUGAUUAUCUUUGUGCUCAACAUCACAGUGAUUAUUCUAGUAAGCGUACAGGAAUUUAUGGUAUCGCAGCUGCUUGCAAAGGUCGAGAGCUCCAGCAAACUCGAGUUUCUCGACUUCCGUAUGCCUACCCGCCUGCAUGAAUGGACCCGCAACAUGCUUGGCUUUCUUGUCUGCCUUACCACCAUGCGUUUGUGGCGUGUGCUGCAGUUUGCCAGCGUCUUUCAACUAUUCGCUUCCACAGCCAUGAUAAUUCUAACAUUUUUAAUGGGGUUCGGCAUUGCAGCUGUCACUAUAAAUGAAAAUAUUGCGGAUAGCUUUAGAGCAUGA